AUGAGAACAACGCUACAUUCACUAUUCAUCAUCCUACUCGUCAUACAACUUUUCACACAAAAUUCAUCAUUUGCAUUAGAAUUAGACAUACCUAUCACAGAUACGAGUGAUUUGAAUGAGAGGGUAAUUCAAUCAACGACCUACCGAGACAAUACGAUAUUAUUAAGGUUAGCAAAAGACGUCAAUUAUAAUCCAAGUACUGGAUUAAUUUGUUCGGCAAAUGAAAUCAACUUGAAAUUGAUUCACCGAAAUGGGACGAUCAGAAAUCUGAACAUCAGCGUUCAAAAUGAGAUGCUGAUGCUUGCAGAGAACUUUUGCAUACCAUUGUCAAUCAUAACCACACCAACGCAUUCGAGCCCAUUCAUCACUCCACCUCCGUUCAAUAUCAUUGGAAACGAAGGAAGUACCAUAACUUUACCAAUAUCAUCGUUAAUUAGCGAAGGUGGUAUAAUAUUGGAUGGGAUAAGGAUAUAUGCAUUACAACAAAAUUAUAUUUUAUUAACAUACUUUUGUAGAUUAGAGGUAGUGGAAGGGGCAAUCAUAUCGGAAAUAUGCGGAUCGUUAAUUAAUUGGAACAAGGAAGUUAAAUAUGUGAUCAAUUUUGGGCAAAAUUGUUCGGAUAGCGAUAUCGUGGUACGAGACGAAGGGGAGGAAUUUUUAAGAGCGUGUUAUCUGUCGGAUCGAAAGCAAGUGAUUUGGACGAGAUAUACGAUUAAUAAUAAUGAGGAAACGAUAGUUGUUCAAGAUUCUGGCACGAUAAUAAAUGUGAAUCAAUUUUCACCAAACUUGACAGAAAUCUUCCCAACCGAAAAUGGUGGUUACGGCAUCGUAACAGCCCAAUACACGGGAGAGGUCAACUCGCUCUUCUUACCUCCCUGGACACUUUUCCUACAGUUCAUCUCACCUUCCAGAUCAAAUGACGUCGUUCAUCACGCUAGUUCCAUAAGUAGUGCCUUUCAAUUGUAUAAACAAACGACCGAAAGUCUUACAUCUUUAGAUAUUCAUAAAUGUGGUAUCGCAUAUCAGGGAUAUGGGUACAAUUGUAUAAUAUACAUGGCUAGAGCGACCGGAUUGGCCGGUGGUGUAUUUGUUAAUAUUGAUUUUUUAGAUUCCGGUGGGGUUUUAAAUACUACCGAAUUUAGAAUUACUCCCGUAGGGAUUUUCCCUAAUGUUAUCAAAAUCGAAUCAUUUUAUUAUGGCGGAUAUUUAAUAUUAAUUCAAAAUGUUAACGUGGAAGGGUUAAUUUAUAGUAAUAACGGUACUGAAAUGAGUGAUGGCUGGCACAUGCCAACGUCGAUCGUUACCGGUGAUGGUGGCGUGAUCCCAUUGAAUUAUACCAGUAACGUUGGCGUGCUCUCCAAUAAUACCUUUUGGUGUGUCGCAAACGGUGAUGAUGGCGUGAAAUUAAUUACAAAUGAUCUAUUAACCACCCUUUCAACCAUAUCUGAUCCUAAUAUGUUAGCUUAUGGCAAUCCCUUUAUUGAAUCAACCUCUCCUAAGAUUAAUGAUGUGAUUCCAAGGGAUAUCACUAGCAUAUCAAUUACCUUUACUAAUUUGAUUGAAUUAUCAACCGGUAAUGUAAGCAUAUGGCAAACCUCAAAUAACAAUGAUAGUAGUUUGGAUGUCCUAAGACAGUCUUUCUCCGCUACUCAAUCUCAAUUUGUUCGACUGGAGGACAGGAGGACGGUUAAUAUAACGAUAUUUAACUCCACCUUUAAUACUCCUGGUGUGAGUUACUAUGUUAAAGUUGAUAAUGGUUUUGUGAAAGAUUUACGUGUUGGUCAAAAUUUACCCGGUAUUAGAGAAUAUCGUUGGAUGUUUAAAACUGGAAUAGAUGAACGAGAGUUAAUUUCAGCGGAUUCUCUAGGAUCGGUGAAAGCAAUCGUACGAUUAACGCCGGGAGGAACGAAAUUUUACGAAUCUUUGUCGUCACCAGAAAGGGACGAAUUUUCGAAACAAAUGUCUGCUCAAUUAUCAAAGAUGAUACCAUGCGAUCCACCACGAUUGGUUACAUUAGAAAACCCUCAAUAUGACCCAGCCACGCAAUUUGAUCAAUUGCUGCUGCGCGUUGAUGUUAGACCACAGAAUAAUGGUGGUUUGCAAGGGGUGGACAAUAGUCUGAGUAGUUUAAGGAUCAUAAAUGAUUUAAACGUUUUAAUUAUAAAUAAAGAUUACACCGAUAUUAGUAGAGGGAAUUUCUCUAGCAUGUUAGACAAUCGAUACGGAAGUAAAAUAAUUCCCGAUUUAUGGUUAAGGUAUCGAUGGAUCUUGAUAGGAUUUUCUGGUGCUUUAAUACUACUGAUACUAUUAUUCUGGUUUGCAAGACGAAAAUACCAACACGGACGAAAUUACGUGAUAUUUUUGUUUACGAUAAUAGCCGUUGAUUUAGGAUUAGAUAUUUCAUUUAUAAUAAUGCACGGAAAUGAUUUGAAAUGGUUAUAUCCCAUUUUUUAUCAAAGCACGACAGUGAUACCAGCGAUAAUACCAAUAUUGGCAUUAUCAUCAUGUUGCGUGGUAUUAACACUCAAGUCAAUAGGACUAAUGUAUUUUUGUAUAAUAUAUCACAAAGCUCCACCAUCAUCAUUUAAAGUUGAUGAGAAAGGGAAGAAAAAAGCAACGGACUUUUAUUCAUCAGGACCAUAUCAGACUGAAUUAUCAAUUGAUACAUCAGAAUUACCGCCGAAACAAUUAUUUGCAAAUAACAAAGGAGGAGGAGAUACGACACCAGAGAGUAUACACAUUCUUACAACCGAUAACGGUGAAACUAAGGUUUUCAUGAGACAUCCAGACGAGUUCAAAAAUUUGGAUAUAAAAAUGCCUACUAGUAUAAAAAGGGUUAAAGAAAGUACCGUAGAGGAUGGUUCAAGCAUAGAACCUGGUCAAGAAGGAGGGAUAUCUGAUAUUGGUAUCAUUGAAUCUACCGAGGGACCUGUAAUAGGUAGUAGUUCUAAGCAUGUUCAGGGAGUAACUAUUGGCGAUAAAGAAUAUAAAGAUAUUCAACCAACCGAAGCCGAAAUAUCGGAAGAAUUUGAACCUGUGAAAGUAGUUCCUACUUAUCGAUCAAAAUUGAUUGAACAAUUUGAUAUAGAUCCUGAAGAUAUUAAAUCUGGUAAAAUAUCUAUAUCUACAAUGAUUCCUGUUCAAAAACAAAUACGAGAGGAACCGCAAGAACCACAGCCUUCAACUUCAAGGAGGAUUGUUAGUAGUAUUAGUAGAGCUUUGGGUGGUAGUAAAAAAGGAAAGGGUGGUCAGGAUAGUAAAAAAGGUAAAUCUAAAGAUGAUGAUAAGGAUCAAAAAAAGGAUGAUAAUAAUUAA